UGGCAGUCUAUACACGCUCGAACGUCGCUGAAGAUGCGUGCUAAAUGUGAUUGUUAAGAAUGUUGUACGUUUUAUGAUUCUUGAUUGUAUACGACUUUAACCUUUCUAAUUGCUUAUGAAAGCAAUAUUUUCUGCUUGUUCAAAACAAUUGUUUACAAUCUGUUUCGUAAUUAUGCAAAUUGAUAAUAGCUACGAUUGAAAUAAUAGUCAAUUUAUACAGUAAGGAACGUUCCCGAACAUUGAAUAUUAACAAGAUUUUUUUUUUAUAAAAAUCAUUCUUUUUCAAAAGAUAUUCCAAGUAUAAAAAUGUCAAAAGAGCAUCAGUUACCUUCUGAUUCUGAUGAAGAUGAUGAGGAUUAUGUUCCUGAUGGAGCUGACAACGAACCUGUAUCAGAAGUAGAUUCUGAAGGUGAAGUAGAAAGUGGUCCGGAAGAUGAAAAUGAUGAGAAUAAACGCGAAACCGAUAAGAUAACAAGCAAGAAGAGAGGUAGACGUUCUGUCAAAGAUAAAAGUACAAAACGUAAGAAAAAAACAAAAAGAAAAUUAAAAGGUGCAGAUGAUUCGAAAGAAGAGGAGGAACAAGAGGAAUCAGAAACAUCGGAAAAGAAAGAACUUACAGAAGAAGAAGAAAAGAAAAGAGCAGAUUCUUUGUGGGCAGAUUUUAUGAAGGAUACCGCAGUAGCUCCAAAACCAAAAAUACAAACUCCAACGAAUGGUCCAAAAGAAAAAUCUUCUACUUUAAUAAAACCAAAAGUAGAAGAAAAAGUGAAGAUAACAAAAAUAUUUGAAUUUGCUGGUGAGGAGGUAAAGGUUGAAAAAGAAGUAUCAGUGGAUUCUGCAGAAGCUAGAUUAUCCUUGACUUCUGCUGAAAAUUCUGUGAAGACAGAUGCCUCGACUUCUCCUGCCGGAAGAGGAAGAGGAGGAGGAAGAGGUAUUAAAAGGGGUGGGUUGGGAGGGAUUUCCUCUGUUUUAGGACAGAUUGGAAAGAAAGCAAAGAUUAGCACAUUGGAAAAGUCUAAGCUUGAUUGGGACAAUUACAAAAAGCAGGAAAAUUUAGAAGAAGAAAUUAUAACUCAUAAUAGAGGAAAGGAUGGUUAUUUAGAGAGACAAGAUUUUCUUCAAAGAGCAGAUUUACGGCAAUUCGAAAUUGAAAAACAAUUGCGUAAUUCUAGUAGACGCAGUACACGAUAAGUCAAUGGUAUGAUGAGAUAAAGAAGAAGAAAAAGAAAAAAAAAAAAAAUAAAAAAAUAAGCAAAGAAAAAAAAAGAAAAAAAAUUCCAAUUUUCUCAGCUUGCCAUUGUCGGGUACCAAUAAUACGCAUUUAGCUUAAACAAUUACUGGGACUAUCGUCGUAUUUCGUUUAAUGCAUAAGAAAAAUUUGCCUCGCUUGGCUUGCCAAUCAGCUAAAUCAGUUUUAUGGUAGCGAUUGACAACCAGAUUUUUUAAAAGAGACUGAUCAUUCCACUGUAUCGAGACUAAUUCUCUAUAUGUAUCGUGUAAUAGUUUAAUUUACUUUUUGCGAGCAUUUGUCUCGUCCAGUCGUAUCGUUACAGAACUUCGCAUCGAAGCAGGAUAUUUGAAGCUUGAUGCUUCUCUUACCGAUUAUAUUCAAGUGAUACAAGCUUCAAUUUCUUUUAUUCAAUACAAUACAAUAGUUUAACUAGAUAAUGUAAAUAAGAGUUGGCACUAUAGAAAAUAUCACAAAAUUACCGAAUAUUAGAAAGAAUGAUGCGUGCAUAUGGUAGAGUAUGAAUCGUAAUACUUAUAUAUACGAUAUUGAUUUAUUGAACUAUCACGAUCACUGCCUUUGGCGAGUCAUACGAAGAGUACGUUAUUUUAUUUAUAGAUAAUCAUUAUGUAUAUAUAUAUAUAUAUAUAUAUAUAUAUAUAUAUAUAUAUACAUAUAUAUAUAUAUAUAUAUAUAUAUAUAUAUAUAUAUAUAUAUAUAGAAUCACAAGAUAUGUUACGAAACGCAGCAUAAUUACACUUACCGUAGUUAUUUUUAUGUUUUUAAAGAUCUGGAAAAACAUACACAGACUUUAAUUGAUUUUUAUUAAUGGGACAUAGGCAGUGGACGAUCUAAUAACUAAAUAAGUAGUGUAUAUAUAUGACAUGUUUACCAACAUGAAUUCCGAUUAAAACUUAAUUUCAAUUUUUCAUGUAACUCAGGUCACAGUUUCUUAAAUGUAUUAACUUUGCGAUAUAUUAUCGCAUCAUUAUACGUCAAAAUACUUUACGUUUGUGGACUUAUUAACCUUAUGCAAUAAAGAUAAAGAAGCAACAGUUUUUGUUAACAAUCUAUUGAAAAUAGAGUCGGACAUGACGAUUGUGUUUAUAUACAAAAAUGUAUACCUCUACGUAUAAUAUUCAAUCCUUUUGAAAAAACGCCUUGUAAAUACGACUGAUCUUGAGGUAUCAUGCUAGGUAAUAAGGUAAAUAAUUACUAUAGAAAUUAUCGGAGAAUUAUUUUAUAUAGAAAAACUAACUGCAUGGUAUUGAUGCAUAUUCACAUUUUCGAUCGAAGCUGUUAUUACGAUAUCUCGCAGAAUCUAUCAUAGUUUUAUCAUCUGGAAGAAAAAUGUUCUUUUUUUUUUUAACGAUACGAUUUUCUCGAUGUUUUCUCAUGUUUCUGUAAAUUAAUUAUUUUUUUCUUUGAGUUGUUGUGAAUUUAUAUAUAUUUAUUUGAAGAUACCUUUAUGAAGUAUGACAAUUACUUAACAUACAUUUCUGUACGUGUAACAAUAUUCAUAGCUUUGGGGUGAAUUACGUAUUACAUGUGAUUUGCAAGAUUUGGAUCUUUUAGAUCUCUUAGAACUCUUACAACAAAAGAAAAAACUUCUGAGACAUUUUUUUAGCCAAUUAAAUUUUCCUUUUUUCUUACAACGAGAUCGAUGUCGCUUUUUUUUCUUCUUCUUAGGUUCGUAACAUUUUUUGAUUCUACAUUCGCAACGUCUUCCUUCUUCAUCCUCUUCGUUCCGAUGAGCCUUCUUUUUCAUUCCGGAUUUUUUCGGUCUGUAGGAUUUUUUUUUUUUUUUAAGGAUCUUAUUCAUAAUGUUGCAUCAAAGAGAACGAGACUUUUUGUACAAAUAUUAUGAAUCUUUGAGAGUAUAAAUUUAUCAGUAUUUUACCGUGCUUUUGUCAGUGAAUCCGUGGAUGUGGCAUGUUCUGUGGUAGUUUUUAAAAGUUUACAUCUUUUGCUAAAGAUAAAAUAAUUUUACGUGAGAUAUUUUUUUAUAUUUAUUCUUUUUUUUUUCUCUUCUAAUUCGUAUAUAUAACAGAAAUUUACUUUUUGCAACAUAUCCCACAACGAUCAUUUUUUUCUUGUGGCUUUUUAUGCUUUAAUUUCGUACAUUUUGUUCGUUUAUGCUUGUUGCGAUACUCUCGUUCACCAUCAGAGGAAAAUGUUAUGCAUGGCUUUUCAUGAAUUUUGCAUGAAUCUUUCUGCGAUUUUUGAUCACUAUAAAUUUUUAAAGUAAAUACAUGAACAGAAAUAUGAGAAUAAAAAAGACAAAAUAGCGAUAUCGGAGACGGAAUAACAUACUUAAAAUAUUUAUUCAAAGGACACCUUGGAUCAGUACAUCUCUUUGGCAUUUUUUAUUUCCGCGAAAAAAAUAUUGUACAUAUCCUGGCAAUCUAAAUGAUCCGCUGAUUAUAUUUAAUAUAUAUUAUAAAGUAAUAAAUCAAUUAAAAUAAAUCGCGAUGAUCGAAUAGUACUUACAUUGGAUAUACAUUAUUUGUUGCAUAUUGUAUAAUUUUUAAGAUUUUCAACAUUUUUCUUUUUUAAACAUUCAAUCAAAUUAAUAUCAGCCGUAAUGUAUAUUCAUAUUAUUGUUUUAAUUUUCUUUUGGAUAGUUUUGCAUCUUAAACUUAGAAUAAGAUUUUGAGAGUAAGCGCGAAGAACUUACUCCUUUUUUUUAAAUCAAUCUUUUUUCUUUCUUUUUUCUUUUUUUUUAAUUUUGACUUGGGAUUAUCGCCUAACCUGAGCCGUAUCCACAAAUAUUUGACAGCUCAUGAAUGUGACAAUAUCUUGUAUCGAUAUUUAAUCAUAUUCUCGCAAAAAUAUCCAAAGUAAGAUCGCGCUUAGAAUGAAAAUAAAAAGAGAGUUAGAGAGAGAGAGAGAGAGAGAGAGAGAGAGAGAGAGAGAGAGAGAGACAGAGAGAGAGAGGAGAGAAAGGGAGAUGAAAUAAAAAAAAGGAAAAGAAUACGAGGAACGGCAUCUUCCUUCGAACAUCUUCUUACCAGUAGUUUGUUAACUCGACGUAUGUGUACGACGGCCAACAAGCAAGAGUAUCGACGCCAGACUGGCGGCCAUUAGUUGCGGCCUUGCCAUCGGCAAUUUAUUCACCAACCGGAAUAUCUUUCCAGCCGUUCGGCAAGCCUCUUCCAUUCCGGAGCACGAUCGUCAGAAUCUCAUGGAUUUUCUACUUUUCAUACGUUCUACACGAAAUCAGAAUUUACUUUGCUGAAAAAAAAAAACAAGUUAAUGGUUACAAAUUGUUAUUAUUAUUGUCAUUAUUAAUAUUAUUAUUAUUAUUAUUAUUAUUAUUAUUAUUAUUAUUAUUAUUAUUAUUAUUAUUAUUAUUAUUCUGAAUUGAGGAAGUUGAAUAAAAACGAGCGAUUAAUCGUC